AUGAGUGACUCUGAAGUACUUGAUUAUAAUGAUAGGGCAUCGUCAGAUGACGAGAUUCCACUUGCUCUUGAGAUCCGGGAGGAAAGCAUUGGUGAGAACACCACUGCUAAAACUGCUGCUACUGGUGCUACUGGUGUUAGUGGUAAUGGUUCUGGUAAUGGUAGUGGUGCUGGAAAUGGUGACGAUAAUGGUGGUAGUAGAUCACAGAAAACUAAAGGAGUUGUUGAUAAUCAAGGAUUACUGGCAUCAACAAGUAUACAUCCACAAGAAGAGGUUGUAUAUGAGGUGAAUGGAGAUUCUAGUUUCCAUAUUACCAGAGCAUUGGUGGUUGGUAACUUGCGUAGACCUAUAAAUGCCAUUAAUUUCCAGAAUUAUUUGAAGCAAUGUCUAAAAGACUUUGGGGAUUAUCUGGUGGAAAGAGCAUGGAUGAAUCGGACCAGAACCCAUGCCAUUGUGUUGGUUGAUAAAGAAGAAGGUGCUGUUUUAUUACGAGAUAAGUUAAAUGGAGGUGUGUAUCCAGAUAAUGAAGAGUAUCAAGAGUUGGUAACCGAAUUACAAAAACGGAUGGAAGAAAACUAUGAAAUUGAAUGUCAGAAAUAUGAGCAAUCCAGUGAUAAAGAACAUAUCGAUCCUCCCAAAAAACCUCAAGAAUUUGCAUUGAAUCGAAUUCCAUUGUUUGUUGAUUAUAUUCCUGUUAAAGCCAUUAAUCAAUGGAUAUUUGAGGAGGAUAAAGGUCCUUAUAAUGGGAAAUGGAAGUUUGUAUAUGAAAAGCAAGCCAAUGAAAUUGUGGCUGCUCACAUAUUAUUAGCUGGGGAUUUCAUGCCUUCUUUUAAUAAGAAGAGACGUGGUGGCCCAGGUGGUGGCGGUCAUGGGAAUAAUAGAAACAAUGAUCGUACAGAAAGAAGAAACAGGAACUCUAACAUCAAUAAUUCCAGAAAUUACAAUAGAAGUAGUAAUAGGGAAUGGUUUCAAGAUAGAGACAGAGACAGAGACAGAGACAGAGACAGAGACAGAGACAGAGACAGAGACAGAGACAGAGACAGAGACAGAGACAGAUUUAGAGACCGUGAAAGAUAUUCAGACCGUGAAAGAUAUUCAGAUCGUGAAAGAUAUUCAGAUCGUGAAAGAUAUUCAGAUAAUAGAGAUAGAAGGGCUACAAGAGAUAGAUAUAUUCCCGCCGAUAAUGAAAGAAGAAAUAACUAUUCUCGAGUACGAACCAGGUCUCGUUCAAGAUCUCCUAAUUAG